ACCGUGUUUGCCAAGACAAUUUUUAGAACGAAGGCAACGUGCGUCUUUGUUGACCUCAAGCUAAAACUAUUUGCGUUAUAAAGAGAAGGCUUCGUCGUAAGUUCUAAGCCAAACACAGCUUUAAACCACCGAGUUUGCAAAUGAUGUUUUAUCCUUUGGUUCUAUACAACACCAACAGCAACAAUAAUUUUAUCGUUUCAGUGGCGACAUAGGAUUAGAUUAAGUUGUUUCUCAUUUUGAUUGCUUCAGAUCUAAUUUCUAUUUUCCCUUUUAAAUAAGAUUUUCAGUUCCACUUAGAUAACAUUGUUUCCUCUAAGCAUGAAUUUUUCAAGGAUUGGGCGCUCCUUGUCGCGCUCGUCUCGCGCCAGAAUUUUUUCGCAUGGUGAUCGGAGACUGAGAACCCUUCUCGGAGCGCCAUGUGCGAAUGCCUAUUCCGACGAAGCCGAAGGGCUAUUAGGGUUUUUUAGGGGCUACGUGUCUUCUGCCAGAGCUCGCAGUAAUGCCCUCGUUUCCAAUUUCCCUGACUUUAAAUCUGUUGCCGCAAACCCUAGGCUUCACCGAUUGUUUUCCAGCGAAGCCCCAAAGAAGAAGAAUUAUGAGAACUUCUAUCCCAAGGAAAAGAAGGAAAUUCCAAAUGGAAAUGACAAAAAAUAUGAGUCCAAAGAGGACUCAAACACAAACACAGAUAAUCAUGGAGGUUUUGAGGAAGCUUUUAUGAAGAAUCUCCAGAAAAUAAUCACCCCAUUUUUGGUGAUAGGGCUAUUUUUUGCUUCCCUUUCUUAUGAUCCUAAUGAACAGAAGCAGAUUAGCUUUCAGGAGUUUAAAAACAAGCUUUUGGAACCAGGAUUAGUAGAGCGUAUUGUUGUCUCUAAUAAAUCAGUUGCCAAAGUAUAUGUACGAAGCACUCCCCGUAACCAAAUAGACAGUGAAGUAGUCCAAGGGACCCUUCCUGCAAAGGAUUCUGGAGGCCAAUAUAAAUAUUAUUUCAAUAUUGGAAGUGUUGAGUCUUUUGAGGAGAAGCUAGAGGAAGCACAAGAAGCAUUAGGCAUUGACCCUCAUGAUUAUGUGCCUGUUACAUAUUCUUCUGAUGUGGUUUGGUACAUGGAAUUGAUGAGACUUGCUCCAACACUGUUGCUUUUGGGAUCUCUCUUGUAUAUGGGAAGGAGGAUGCAAAGUGGACUAGGUGUUGGUGGUGGUGGUGCUGGAAAGGGUGCUCGUGGAAUAUUCAACAUAGGAAAAGCUCAUGUUACUAAAGUUGACAAAAAUACCAAAAACAAGGUCUAUUUCAAAGAUGUUGCUGGUUGCGAUGAGGCAAAGCAAGAAAUUAUGGAGUUUGUGCACUUCCUCAAGAACCCGAAAAAAUAUGAAGAACUUGGUGCAAAAAUUCCAAAAGGUGCUCUCUUGGUGGGUCCUCCAGGCACUGGAAAAACCCUUUUAGCGAAAGCAACUGCAGGGGAGUCUGGUGUGCCAUUUCUUUCCAUAUCUGGAUCUGAUUUCAUGGAAAUGUUUGUUGGUGUUGGACCAUCCAGGGUGAGAAACUUGUUUCAGGAAGCAAGGCAGUGUGCUCCUAGUAUAAUAUUUAUUGAUGAAAUUGAUGCAAUUGGUCGAGCAAGAGGACGUGGCGGUUUCUCAGGGGCAAACGACGAGCGUGAAAGUACUUUAAAUCAAUUGUUGGUGGAGAUGGAUGGUUUUGGAACUACUUCCGGAGUUGUUGUUCUGGCCGGAACAAACAGGCCUGAUAUUUUAGACAAAGCUCUACUUAGGCCUGGGCGAUUUGACCGCCAGAUAUCCAUUGACAAACCUGAUAUUAAAGGCCGUGACCAGAUAUUUCAAAUCUACUUGAAAAAGAUCAAGCUUGACCAUGAGCCUUCAUAUUAUUCUCAAAGGCUCGCAGCCCUUACUCCUGGAUUUGCUGGAGCUGACAUUGCUAAUGUUUGCAAUGAGGCUGCUCUGAUUGCUGCAAGGGGUGAGGAAACCCAAGUCAAAAUGAAACAUUUUGAGGCAGCUAUUGAUAGGAUCAUUGGUGGUUUGGAGAAGAAGAACAUGGUAAUAAGCAAGCUGGAAAGGCGCACUGUUGCUUACCACGAAUCAGGCCAUGCUGUUGCAGGUUGGUUCUUGGAACACGCUGAGCCCUUGCUGAAAGUAACUAUUGUUCCUCGUGGCACAGCAGCUCUUGGGUUUGCCCAAUAUGUUCCAAAUGAGAAUCUUCUGAUGACAAAGGAGCAGCUUUUUGAUAUGACUUGCAUGACACUAGGUGGUCGGGCUGCGGAGCAGGUUCUUAUAGGGAAAAUCUCAACAGGAGCACAGAAUGACUUGGAAAAAGUGACCAAGAUGACAUAUGCCCAAGUAGCAGUUUAUGGUUUCAGCGAAAAGGUGGGUCUCCUCUCUUUCCCUCCGAAAGAGGGCUCGUACGAGCUGUCGAAACCAUACAGCAACAAAACUGCUGCAAUCAUUGAUAGCGAAGUGCGGGAAUGGGUGACCAAAGCGUACGAACGCACAGUACAGCUUGUCGAGGAACACAAGGAAAAAGUAGCUCAAAUUGCAGAGCUGCUGCUUGAAAAAGAAGUACUUCAUCAGGAUGACUUGGUUCAAGUUUUAGGUGAGCGGCCAUUCAAGGCUGCUGAACUCUCCAAUUAUGAUAGAUUUAAACAAGGUUUUCAGGAGGAGGAAGAAAAAAUUGCCUCAGAGAGCGCUGCUGAAUCGCCUGAGGAAGGUGGUGGCUCUCCACCUUUAGAGCCUCAGGUUGUUCCCACAUAGUUAAGAGUUUCUGUUUGCUAUUGUACAUGAAUUUCUUAUUUCAUCAAAAUGCUGACUUGAUCGAAACUUGUAUGUCAACUGCUCAAUGAAAUAAUUCGUUUCUGAUUUUUGUUACAUGGAUGUGCCAUAGACUGACCAAUCCAAUUCCCAUUCUCAGUUGUUCAAGCCUUACUAAUUCUCUUAACGUUCUAAUAUUAUCAUUCUACCAUUGGAAGAUGUGUACAUGUUCAUCUUGUUAUGCCAUCAACUUUCUUCUAAAUAUUAUUUCUUUCAUUUGAAGGAAUAUAUGGUUUGGAAUCGGAUUCCUGUUAAUUAUCUUUGUGUGCACUUCAAUUAU